CGAUUACGUAACAAGUUUGCUACGGCUGUUAACACGUCAUUUUAAUGAAUAGUUUAAUAAAAGUUGUGUUUAUUUAUGAGAUGGAAAUAGUCUACACUCAGUGACGCAUGAGAACAAAUUUUUAUUCCUGUGCGAGAACACGUGAUGCGGUAUUAAACUGCUGUGAAGUACGACCUAUGCGAAAGUGAAGGCAAUACUGAUUUACAAAAGAAGGGACAUAACGCAUAUUUGCUAGUUCAAGAAAGAAUUCUAACACCUUGAAUUUAUUACUUAUUGCUGCUGCAGUACCGGCAGAAACUUGGCAGUUCUACACAUACACUCCGCAGGUUCAGCUUACACAUUGUUAUGUGGUUGGAAAAGAACUAAGCAUUAUACUCAGAGCUUCGGAAACAAGUGUGAAGUAAACAAAAUCUUUGCACAAUGGCGGAAGAAAGAAACUCUGGAGAAGUAAUCUUGGUUACUGGUGGGAGCGGGUUUCUUGGACAACACAUUGUGAAGCUGCUGCAAGAGAGGGAUCCGAAAGUGCGAGAGAUUCGAAUUCUGGACUUAAAGCCGUAUGUUAACCAUCUCGGUCAUGAAGAAAAUAAACCCAUGAAGGCAAUUGAGGGCGACAUCGUCCACAAGGAAGGCUCGAGGGAGGCGUUCCGAGGGGUGGAUUGCGUGAUACACUGCGCCGCCCUGGUCAGCUACCGCUUUCCGCCCGAUCACGAGGCGCUGGACCGUAUCAACGUCACAGGUACUCAGAACGUGGUGUCACUGUGCGUGGAGAUGGGGAUACCCCGAUUAGUGUUCUGCAGCACAUCUGAGGUCACAUUGACCCCGUACCUGGGCGGCAUAUACACGCUCAUCUUCAACCAAACAGAGUGCAAAGCUCUCCCCCCGAGCUGCGACUAUGAACGGCAGCUACUCCUGCCCGGUUAUCCGGCUUCCAAGCUCCGCGCAGAGAAGCUCGUCUUGGCCGCCAACGGCAGACCGCUCGCCGACGGUCGCGGGCGACUUCACACAGUGGCCCUGCGCCCCACGUUGCUGUACGGGGAGCAGGACCCUCGUCUGCUGCCCAGUUUGAUCCAACUCUCCGAGAAAAUGGAAGGAACCUUAAUGAGAUUUGCAGGACCUGGGGGCAGACAGCAGAUCACUUAUGUGGGUAAUGCAGCCUGGGCCCAUCUGCUUGCAAAGGAUCAGCUGUUGGUUACGCGUCCUGGUGGAGGCGUCUCCGGCCUGCCGAUCUUCAUAACGGACGACACACCGGCGGACGAUCUCUUGUUCUUCGCUCAGAGGGUCACAGCACGAGCUAAUUUGCCGCCGCGCUGUCGCAUUUCUCGUUGGUACAUGCCGGCGCUCCUGGCUUAUCUGAUAGCCGCACUUCUGGAGAUGGUAGUCCUGAUAGCACACAUCCCUCUGUCAGUCUCACCUCGGGGCGCCGUUUCUUAUCUGGGCUCAAUAGUACUUUACAACAGGCUCAGGGCUUCCCUGCAUCUUAAUUAUUCGCCGAUAUUCCCGCCGGACGAGUCCUGCAAUAGGGCAAAUAAGUACUAUACUAGGGAGGAACUCUGACAAAGCCAGUCCGAAUAAUAAAGUCCUUUGGUUACGUAACCUCAGCAAAAAUGUAAUUCAUUCAUUCAUCAGUAAUCUGUCAAGACGACAGGUCCACAGUCUCUUCCAAAACAGUU